GGAGGAUUGUGAGGUGCGCGUAUGCCCUUCCUCAUUCUUAAUCGAACCCCCGAACUCCGAUCUCUGCGUAGACCUGUUUUAGACUUCCGUCCUCAGAUCAAACUGAGGUGGGAGGAUGAUGCAAACGGACGUGCUGUUUUCCCUCCACAGUUCGACUUCGAGUUCGUGGCAGUGGAGGAAGAAGGGGUAGAGGUAGAGGAAGACGAGGUGGAGGCAGGAGUGGAGGGAGUUGAAGUGGAUGAGAGCCAACCAGUUCCUGAAGUGGAGAUUCAUCUAGUUCCCUCCGAUGAUGAGCAGCCUCCUUUGCCAAACAAGCAGCAGCCAAGACAGCCACCUCUUCCAACUGAAGAAGAGCCAGUGGAGCCACCUCCUCCAGCAGAGAACUAAUUUUGUUUGUGUUUUUUAUUUUUUGUAAAGACAUUUAAACAGCUUGUAAUAUUUAUUUUAGUUGAAAUGGGAAUUUAUAUUUGAAAUCAUGUGUUUGUUUAUAUUUGCUUUACAUUUUUGGUAUUAUUUUUUAUUAAUAAAAGAACUGAGAUUGU